AAUUACUGGGACAUGCGCGUUCCUGCCGAAGGGGGGUAAAAUUUCCUAACUCCAGGAAUUGGUGGCGGAGAAGGGCCAAGUCACCAGGGCUCUUCCCGGCGCCCCGAUGCGCGCACCAUGUCGAGGCGCAAGCAGGCGAAGCCCCAGCACAUCAACUCGGAGGAGGGCCAGGGCGAGCAGCCGCUGCAGCAACCGAGCCCUGGCCUCGCAGAGGCGCCGGCGGCGGAGGAACCCGGUGUUCCAGUGAAUUCCUCAGGGAACGGAGAUGAAGCCUCGGAGGACCCCGCCCCCGCCCCGGUGAAGCGGUCCCGACGGGAGGAUACUCACAUCUGUAACAAGUGCUGUGCGGAGUUCUUCAGUCUCUCUGAGUUCAUGGAACACAAGAAAAGUUGCACUAAGAACCCUCCUGUCCUCAUCAUGAAUGACAGCGAGGGGGCUGUGCCUCCAGAGGACUUUUCCAGAGCUGUCCUGGGCAGCCCAAGCAAUAAAGAUGGUCUCCAGGAGAAUGGCGGCAGCAGCUCGGGGGACUUGAAGGAGAACCUAGGCACGGACUCCAUCCUGUACUUGAAGACAGAGGCGACCCAGCCACCCGCACCCCAGGACAUAAGCUAUUUGCCCAAAGGCAAAGUAGCCAACACCAAUGUGACUCUGCAAGCGCUCCGUGGCACCAAGGUGGCAGUGAACCAGCGGAGCACCGAUGUCCCCGCGGCCCCCGUGCCUGCCGCUCUCAGCAUCCCUUGGAUCCUGGAGCAGAUCUUGUGCCUGCAGCAGCAGCAGCUCCAGCAGAUCCAGCUAACGGAACAGAUCAGAGUCCAGGUGAACAUGUGGGCCGCGCAUGCCCUCCACUCUGGCGUGGCAGGCGCGGACACUCUCAAGGCCUUAAGCAACCACGUGUCUCAGCAGGUCUCUGUCUCCCAGCAGGUGUCUGCUGCUGUGGCCCUGCUUAGCCAGAAAGCCUCCAACCCAACUCUGUCUCUAGAUGCCUUGAAACAAGCCAAGCUACCUCAUGCCGCUGUCCCCUCCACGGCCAGCUCAUUGUCCUCGGGGUUCACACCCUUCGCCUUGAAGCCGGACGGGACUCGAGUUCUCCCCAACUUCAUGUCCCGCCUCCCGAAUGCCCUGCUACCUCAGACCCCGGGCUCUGUGCUCCUGCAGAGUCCCUUCUCUACUGUGACACUGGACCAGUCCAAGAAAGGAAAGGGGAAACCCCAAAACCUCUCCGCCUCCAUGUUAGAUGCCAAGACCAAGGACGAGGUUGUCCUCGGUAAGCACAAGUGUAGGUACUGUAGUAAGGUUUUCGGGACCGAUAGCUCCCUUCAGAUUCAUCUUCGCUCCCACACCGGAGAGAGACCUUACGUGUGCCCUGUCUGUGGUCACCGCUUCACCACCAAGGGCAACCUCAAGGUCCACUUCCAUCGACACCCUCAGGUGAAGGCGAACCCCCAGCUGUUUGCCACUGAAUUCCAGGACAAAGGGGCAUCAAGCACCAGUCCUCACUAUGCACUCCCUGUCCCCAUCCCUGUAGACGAGUCAAGUCUCUCUGUAGACACUGAGCCUGUCCCGGUCACGGGAACCCCUUCCAUAGGGCUACCUCAGAAGCUCACUUCAGGGCCUAACCCCAAGGACCUCAUGGGCGGCUCCUUGCCCAACGACAUACAGCCAGGGCCUUCUCCAGAAAGCGAGGUGGGCCUUCCACUCCUCGGGGCGGGGAUGAUGCGUAAUCCCCCAAGGGCUGGGGGCUUCCAGGGCACUGGAGCCCCAGAGUCAGGGUCAGAGACCCUGAAGUUACAGCAGCUAGUGGAGAACAUAGACAAGGCCACCACCGACCCCAACGAGUGUCUCAUUUGUCAUCGGGUCCUCAGCUGUCAGAGUUCCCUUAAGAUGCAUUACCGUACCCACACAGGAGAGAGACCAUUCCAAUGCAAGAUCUGUGGCCGGGCCUUCUCCACCAAAGGCAACCUGAAGACACAUCUUGGGGUUCACCGAACAAACAUGGCCGUAAAGACCCAGCAUUCGUGCCCCAUCUGCCAGAAGAAGUUCACCAAUGCCGUCAUGUUACAGCAGCAUAUCCGGAUGCACAUGGGUGGCCAGAUCCCCAACACGCCUCUGCCCGAGAGUCCCUGCGACUUCACAGUUCCCGAGCCCAUGGCCGUCAGUGAGAACGGCGGUGGCAGCGGUGUCUGCCAGGAAGACGCGGUAGAAGGGAUGGAAGCGGAGGAGGCUUGUAUCCAGGAUGUUCCCGGUGGCCCCUCGACGGUCUCCGCGCCGCUCCCCGGAACCCAUCUGGCGUCGCCCUCCCUGGGCUUUCCGGUGAUGGCUCCCCUGGAUGCUCAGGGGAGAGGGGCUCUUCCUGCUUUGGCCUUGCAACGGCAGAGCAGUCGAGAAAGCGGCUCUCUGGAGGCCGGUGACAGUUGCCUGACCAAUGACUCUUCCUCGCUCAUGGGUGACCAGGAGUGUCCGAGCCGGAGCCCAGAUGCCACGGAGACCAUGUGCUACCAGGCAGUGUCCCCUGCCAAUAGCCAAGCUGGAAGUGUCAAGUCCCGGUCUCCCGACGGUCACAAGGCCGAGGGUGUCGAGAGCUGCCGCGUGGACACCGAAGGCCGUACCAGCCUCCCCUCGACAUUUAUCCGAGCACAGCCCACCUUUGUCAAAGUUGAAGUACCUGGCUCCUUUGUGGGACCCCCGAGCGUGCCCUCAGGCAUGACGCCUCUGCUAGCUUCCCAGCAGCCGCCGCGCCGCCAGGCCAAGCAACACUCUUGCACCCGGUGCGGGAAGAACUUCUCGUCCGCCAGUGCCCUGCAGAUCCACGAGCGAACGCACACGGGAGAAAAGCCUUUCGUGUGUAACAUAUGUGCUCGGGCCUUCACCACGAAAGGCAACCUGAAGGUACACUACAUGACUCAUGGGACCAACAAUAACUCCGCCCGCCGAGGCAGGAAGCUGGCCAUAGAGAAUACCAUGGCCGCCCUGGGUGCUGAGGGAAAGAGAGCACCUGAGGUGUUUCCCAAGGAGCUCCUGUCCCCCACGGUGAGUGUGGACCCUGCCACGUGGAACCAGUACACCAGUGUCCUCAAUGGGGGUCUGGCCAUGAAGACCAAUGAGAUCUCUGUGAUCCAGAGUGGAGGGAUCCCCACCCUGCCUGUGUCUCUGGGGGCCAGCUCCGUGGUGAGCAACCCCACGCUUUCUAAGCUGGAUGGCUCCCAGACCGGCGGGAGCGGGGCCAUGAGUGGGGCCAUGAGCGGGAACCUAGAGAAGCCUGGCGUUCCCGAUGGGGUGGCCAAACACCAGUUUCCUCAUUUUCUGGAGGAAAAUAAGAUCGCAGUCAGCUAAGGAGGAAGAGGAGGAGGCUGCCGGAGUGAGAUUCUAGAGUCUUCUUCAUUGUUCAGUUUCCUUAACAGCCCAUCUCCCUUUCUCCCUACUCUUCCUGAUAUGCAAGUGAUGUGGCUUGUGACCAUACCCUUGGGCAAUCCUACAAUCACGUUAUGCUGCUUUCCAAAAAAAAGAAUGAAAACAAAAUGGAGAAAAAGUGAAAAACAGAAAAACAACAAAAACCAAGCCAAAAAAACAAAAAACAACAAAAAAAAAACCUAAAAAAAACAAAAAACAAACCACUUUUUUUUUUAAAACAUUUUGGAAAGAAUCUGGUUUUGAAAAAUAGUUUUGUUAACUUGGGACGAGUUGUAUACUAGAAGCUUUGUGUGACCUCAUGGCUGUUUCCAAAGACUGUCGCCUGUUUCAAAGUGAAACAGUUGGGACUCAUUGGACCACAGUGGAAGUGACAACUUUCUAACCCAGUCCUGGGGGUGAGGGUGCUGUGUCCUUCUGUGGUGACUAAUGCGGGUAAAUGUGGGGACCUGGUUUUAUGCCUCCCGAGCCUGUCUUCAGAAAUCUUGUUUUUUUUUUUUUUUUUUUUUUUUUUUUUUUUUUUUUUUUUUUUUUAUGUACUUUAAUAGAAAAAGAACGCCAGAAAACUUAGGGCUGUUCAAUUAUCCCACUUCCUUCAACCUUAUGACCUUGGAUAGGACACCCUACACACACAUACACACACACACACACACACACACACACACACACACACACACACACACACCCUGGUCCCUGGGGAGCCCACCAUUUAUCCUGCUGCUUAUUUUAACAGUUCAGAGCCCUGAGAGUGCCAGCUCACCCCCCUCCCCCCAUCUCCCACAAACCACCUUCCCAGACUCUGGGGUGGGUGGGCAUUAGAGUGAGCACCUCAGGAGGUUUUACAUGGUUAUCUUCAGUGCCUGCUGCCUUGGAGAACUGCGUGUUUCCUCUUAGGGAAAGGCUCCUAGCAGCCACCAGGAGGGUCUCCUCAACGCCUCUAUAUGCUAACCUUUCUCGUUUAUUUCAAUUAUCCCAAGUCCUGAAUAUUUCCACAUCCACCCGUCCCCUGCCAUCGUGAAGGUUAUAGAGUUGAGACCAGCAAGUCUUGGAUAUGAGGGCUUUAAUUUAUCUACCUCAAUUAUCUUUAUUUUUAUAGUCAAAAAGUCUCUAUUUUGCUAUUUUUGUGACCACCCAAGUAUUGCCAGGUCUUAAACCUUGAGAGUUGUACUGACGAGAAGGACCUGUUGGUUCUGUGUUUUUGGUUUGUUUUUAAAUUACAUUUUUGUUUGUGUAAUAAUUUUGAACAGCUGUUGUAACAGUGUUUUGAUGGUUUAAUGAGGAAGGGGAGACUUCUCCAGUUUCUGGGAAGAACAUUCUUCCCGCCGUGUGGAAUGCCGUUGCCAAACGAAGUUGGAGAGUUCUCUCAGCGGUGUUUUUCCUCAGAGUUGUUGCACCUGAUUUUAGGAUCCAAGACUUUUCGUUGCUGUUGUUGGGGUGUUUUUUGCUUUCGUUUUUGUUUUUUAUUUGCCAAGUCGUGCCUUUCCUUCUGGGAUUGUAAGUGAGCCCCGUGAUGAAGCGUUCGCCUGCUCACCUGUUUACACUGUGAUGUGGGUACUGUUACAGAGAACACACCAGCCGUGGCUUUCUCACGCCCUGUGAAUGAAUGUGUGGACUACGCCAUAGUUUUACCUGCUGAUGCUGUAUGUCUGAAAUAAAACUGAAUGUUUUUCCCCUCC